UCACGUUCGAGUUACAGCGUCUUAAUAUUCAUUUAUUAUUAACUACUAACUACAUUCACCUCAAACUUUCGAUAAAUUAUAAGUGUAUUCUAUAAACUGUGUUAUGUGAUAUCUAUUUUUGACUUACAAGUGCAUUUAAACAGAUAUUUCUACGAAAAAUUGGAACCUAUAAAGUAAAAAUACCGUCAUUGAAACAAUUGUGGAGUGUUUUAUAGAAACGCAUAAGCGACGCGUUGUGCACGGCGCUUACGACCCUUUUCCCGCGAACUCAUAAUGUACAACUGCAUUGUGAUCGGAAUUCGGAUCUUGUUGUUAAGUUUUUUAUAAAGAAAUUGGCAUUUGUCAUCACCUGAGAAAAUUUACACAUAAAGGCAGGGAACUCAUUCUGCACCUCCAGGAGAAAUUAUUAUCCAGACAUCCAUCUAUCUUUUUUGUGGAUGAACAAACUAUGCUCAGUUCCUGAAUUGCUAAAUAACGUAAUUGAAUUGCUUAAAUUCGAGCUGCAUACAUCGUAAGUAAUUUUUUACACUAAAUAUGUCAAUCAAAUGUGGCGCUUGUGGUUCAAAUAUACUUACAAUAGAUUAUAUGGAAUGCUGCACAUGCAAAGAAUUAUAUGAUCUUCAAUGUUUAAAUCUAACACCUGAAAAUUUUCUUGGAUUGAGCCAAGAGUUUAAAAAUAAAUGGGUCUGCCCUUCAUGCGUCUGCUCAAUACCUAAAGGAGAUAAUACUAGUACUCCUGUUCGUUGUAGUACUACUAACUCGUACAAUGCUUGUGCAACUACUGAAAAUAUUACCUUUUCGCGUGGUAAUCGUUUAAAAACUAAAAACGAUAUUAGUCCAGCAGGCGACUGCAAUAUAUCUACUCUUUUAAAAGAAAUACGCUGUCUAAGGAAAGAAGUCCUUGACUUAAAGGAUCAAAAUCUAAGCAUUAUGCAGCUUCAUCAGGAUGUCAAAGAUUUGAAGGCUGAACUGUCAGCAAUGUCUAUGAACAUUACAUCAAAACUAACGGAAUAUAAUAAAAAAUUGGAAGCUAAUGAUUUAGAAAUGUCUCACCUGAAAGCAUCCCUUACAGAAGUGCAACAAAAGCUUGCAGUUCAAGAGCAAAACAAUAUCAUUAACGAUAUUGAAAUUGUUGGAAUUCCUGAAAACGAUAAUGAAAAUUUACAGCAUAUCACCAUAACCACAAUGCGUAAGUUUGGUGUUGAGAUAUCAGACACCGACCUCGAUCACGUAUUCCGCGCUGGUUACCGUCGCCUGGAUGCUUCUUCAACGGCAGCAAAAAACAAAAUUUCGCGUCCUAUUGUUGUAAAGCUGUUGAGACGACGGAAACGUAUGGAACUUUUAAAAGCAGCAAAAGCUAGGCGAAACACUACGACUGAAAAUAUUGUAGAUGGACCACCGAAAACAAUUUAUAUCAAUGAACGCCUAACUUAUAGUAAUCGUCAGUUAUUUCGCCAAGCCAGAUCACGCGCGCAGUGCUGCGGCUUUCAAUAUUGUUGGAUACGUGAUGGAUCGAUAUUCAUUCGUAAAGCAAACGGAGCGCCGGCUAUCCAUAUCAGAUGUUUUGAAGACCUCGACCUGCGAAUGGAAACAUCGGGAAUGCAGGUGCAAUACACUGAAUCGAAACUAAAAUAAUGGUAUGGUGUGUUGUUGUGUUCGCUCCCAUUUUGUAAGGGUAAUAUUUUUUGGAAAACUUGUAUAUCGAUUUAUAUUGACUCCUACAUUGUUGAUUGAGUCUUUUGUUUUUAUACAAUAUUCAUUAAUUCUUAUUAUGUAUACAAUACAGAUCAUUAAUUUUUCAUCAAUCUCACACUUACACAUCCACCUACAUAAUCACUUCAUGAAUACUAAAUAUAUACAGAAAUAUA